UCAGAAACCUCUUUACCACCACCACUUCCUCACCUCAACCUCCGUCUCUUCCUCUUCCUCUACCGUUUGCUCCCCCUCUUCUCCCUCUCAAUCUCGGAAGCAGCCAUUUUUAUCUUUUUCAUUCUCUCUAAUAAUCGAGGCCACAUCUCUGUUACCCGACCACAAUCUCUUAUACUAUUAGCUGCUUCAGCCUUUUCACAUCAUGAUCAUUAGGGCUGACAGCCGAAUCCGAGCUUAAGAGUAAUGCCUGCUUUUUAGUUCAACUUUGCUUUCCUUUAGAAAUGUCUGUUCCGGAGCUAAAGGCCCGCCAUGUCGCCGCCACUGAAACGGUGAAUAGUCUUAGAGAACGGUUGAAGCAGAAGCGCCUUCUGUUGCUAGACACUGAUGUUGCGGGAUACGCGAGGGCGCGUGGGAAGUCUCCUAUAAGCUUCGGGGCCACCGAUCUGGUGUGCUGCAGGACGCUUCAAGGACAUACUGGCAAGGUGUAUUCAUUGGAUUGGACUGCUGAAAAGAAUCGAAUUGUAAGUGCAUCUCAGGAUGGGCGGUUGAUAGUGUGGAAUGCCCUAACUAGCCAGAAAACUCAUGCCAUAAAGUUGCCUUGCGCAUGGGUCAUGACUUGUGCCUUCUCUCCAACUGGUCAGUCUGUUGCUUGUGGUGGUCUUGAUAGUGUUUGCUCUAUUUUCAACCUGAAUUCACCAAUCGACAAGGAUGGGAACCUGCCAAUAUCAAAGAUGCUUAGUGGGCACAAGGGUUAUAUUUCCUCCUGUCAGUAUGUACCAGAUGAGGAUACUCAUCUAAUUACAAGUUCUGGUGAUCAGACUUGUGUUCUUUGGGAUAUUACAACAGGCCUUAGAACUUCUGUCUUUGGAGGGGAGUUUCAGUCCGGUCACACUGCUGAUGUACUAAGUGUUUCUAUCAAUGGAUCAAACUUGAGAAUGUUUGUAUCUGGUUCCUGUGAUUCGACUGCCCGAUUGUGGGACACUCGUGUUGCAAGUCGAGCUGUGCGCACAUUUCAUGGGCAUGAGGGAGAUGUCAACGCUGUGAAGUUCUUUCCUGAUGGCAACAGAUUUGGAACCGGAUCUGAUGAUGGAACUUGCAGGUUGUUUGACAUUAGAACUGGGCAUCAACUCCAAGUAUACCAUCAACAGCAUAGAGACAAUGAGGUUCCACAAGUGACCUCUAUUGCAUUCUCCGUAUCAGGAAGACUUCUCUUUGCUGGAUAUUCAAAUGGUGAUUGCUAUGUUUGGGAUACUUUAUUAGCACAGGUUGUUUUGGACUUGGGAUCUUUGCAAAAUUCACAUGAGGGUCGGAUAAGCUGUUUGGGCUUAUCAGCAGAUGGAAGUGCCUUGUGUACAGGAAGUUAUGAUACAAAUCUAAAGAUUUGGGCUUUUGGAGGCCAUAGGAAGGUGAUCUGAGAAGAAAGAAGCAUCUUUGCAGUUUUCUCUCAUGUAAGGUUCGUUGGUUCCUACAACCUGAAGAAUGCCUUGUGCUUCAUUGGUAAAAUUUCAUUGUGUUCUCUGUAAGUGAUGCGAAGAAAUCAGAAUCUUGCAAUAUUGCUUCUAGUGAGAUCCCUGAUGUGAAAACUGAGUUUUAAAGCAAGAGGGAAAUGUUGGUAGAGAACUUAAACAGUUGGGCUUCCUUCCCCUUGGUGGAUGUCUCUGCUUAUUGUUUUUCCUCCCUUGAAUUCUUUGCCCAUUUAUCUUAACAGGAAAUGUCAUUAUUUUAAGCUGCUGCUGUAAAAUCGAGUAAAGAGAGCCCUGCACUACAGCUUAAAUCGAAUCUUUGAGCCGACGGGUUAUAACUUGGA